AUGAGUGCUGAACUUCGCAGAGAGGUUCUUAAAACUUUCAAAAAAUUACAUCGUACACGAUUAAAUACUUUUCAAGGAGACCAGUAUGCACUAUCAUUUGUCAGAAAUAAAAUAAAUGAUGAGUAUAAAAAAAACAAAAAUGUUACUGAUGCGGCUGCGAUCAAUGAGCUCAAUAAAUUUGCAAACGAAGUAGAACAUGAAGUAAAAACAACAAUAAUUCAGGCUGUAGAAAAAAAACCGGGUAUUUUUGAACUAAAAGUAAGAAAUGAUCACUUAAUCGACAACGUGCCGCCUCCAGGAACUCCACUUCCAAAACCAGAACGCAGAUGCUCUGACCGAAAAUCGAAGAGUUAA